AUGGAGAGAAUUAACUUGAUUUGCAAAGUUACCGAGCCAACAGAGUGGGUGAAUUCGAUGCUGGCAGUUCAAAAGGCUGGAGGAGACGCUCGCAUCUGCCUUGAUCCUGUCGAUCUUAACAAGGAAGACAAGUGUCAACACUACCCGGUCCAAACGGCACAAGAGCUGUUCGCUCGAAUAGCGUCUAGUUACGUCACCACUUUCACGACGCCUUUUGGCCGUUAUCGAUUUUUGCGUCUGCAGUUUGGAAUUUGCUCUAUGCCAGAAGUGUAUCAGCAGACCAUGGAACAGUUUUUCGGUGAUCUCGAAGGCGUCGAGAUCUACUUUGAUGACUUCUUUGUGUGGGGUACUACUAGAGAGGAACAUGACCGACGACUGAAGGCGGUUUUUGACAGGUGCCUCAAAGUCCGUCUAAAGCUUAACGCAAAAAGUGCAGAUUUCUACAAUCUGAACUGCCUUGGAUCGGGCAUGUCAUCUCCUAUCGGCAGUUGA